AUGCCUCAGACAUCUUCAGACCUGCUGGCCGUUGCUAUUGCGCAGCUGCUGCUGGUGGACGCAGGGCCAUGGGUGAGAUGUAUGAAUUGGCCCUGGAUGGUUCACAGCGGAGGUUUCCAGGAGGCCAGAGACGGUGAUUCUUGCAGUUGCGAAGUUGUUGCGGAGGGAAGGUUGGCAUGGGGCAUUGACGAGGCCUGCUCAAACUGUGCCUCCGAGGCCUCCCAGCAUGCAGUUCUGCCUGCGGCAGGGUGGGUCGUUUUCCACGUCAGCGCCGCGGGAACAUCCGGGGAUGCCCACUGUGUUGUCCAGCGAUGUUCUGGCCAAUGCAUGCGCGCUUCCCAUGUGGGGAGCGUCCCGACAGGUGCAGAGAAUGACCACCAGCUGCGCAUUUUCGUGCCGAAAGAGCUGUGUCCUGAGGGAACUUCCAUGAUCUUUCCAGAAAUUGGUGCCUUGGGAGGUAAGGACGGGGUGCUUGCACCUGAGAUGGCUGAUCUAGAGUUCUUGCGCCUCUUUGGGCCUCUAAAGCUUCAAAGCCAAGCUCUUCACUCUGUCCGCACGGAAUGUGUGGAGAAUGCGCAUCGAGUGGUCGCCAAGGUUUGCCUGCAAGACGGAUGCGACGAGUGGAGCAAGUACUCGCUGCCCCGAUGCCAGGUGUCCUUGGGACUCCCCUAUGAUUUCCGAGACUCGUACUUUGUGCUGAGCCAUUCAUGUCAGCAGACUGGCCAGUACUAUUGCCCCCCUGGGCUUCCGCUGGCUCUCAAGUUCACGCUGAAGGCUGCCAGCCGAUCCUCCACCUUGUGGGCUUUCAUGCUGGAAGGCCUGUUGCCCGCAGUCGUGGCAGCCCGUCGAAGUCUGGCAGCAGCGUUCAGUGCGAUGGACGAGGGCAGCAGCAUCGCGCGAUGGGCACGCGAGUGGAUCGAACACGAAGAGAUGCGCAUGGGCUGUCCCCCUGAUCUGACGAUGUUCUCCAUCUCGAGGGCCCUGCACAAGCUGGAGAAGAUGUUUAUAGGUUUGCCCAUGGCGCUCUGUCCGACCUGCUGCCGCACGGCGGCUGGCCGGCUGCGCGUGGUGUUCAUGCGGGAUCCGCUGGCCAGGAUGUCAAGCUUCUUCUUCGGCUACUGGCUUCAGUACAAGGGCCACCUGCUUCCGAAAGACGAGUCGCCUGUGUUCGAGACCUGGAUUCGCCUGAUCCUCCACCCAAAUGCAUCUUCCUCUCCACUGUUCGAGGCAAGUGACCUGGACCAUGUUCGGCCAGCGUUCGUCAAGUCGCCUGCGAAAGACGAGCGUGAGGUGAUAUUUUGCAUUGAGGAUGUGGAGAAGUCCCUGCGACGUGUGGAAGAUGCGCUGUGCAGGAGUUUCCGGCAUUGCACUCCGCUGCCGAGCUUUCCUGCUGCGAAGAAGGCCAAGCGCAUGGCGCAGGUAGGAAGCGAGGUCGCCAGCCUGAUUCGCGAGCGCUAUCGCUUCGACUACGAAGCCAUAGAAACUUCAUGCUGA